CCCUCGUUCUUUCAUCGCACUACUUUUAUUUUUGUCCCUUGUUCUUGGCCUUUCGUACCUCGCUGCUUCUCCAACCGAGUUGCUCCGACUAACGCCUCGAACGGAAAGUGGAAAUGGCAAGAACUCUGAGGAACAAACCGGGUUUCCAUCUCCUGACUCGGUUCCUGAACUCACCGAGUCCACCUCAUCAUCAUUGUGGAAGCAGAAGAUUGCUGGAAACCCUAGCGUAUGAAGAGGUCCGAGCUUCAACAGAGAAGCCGUACAACUCAACAGCCUUUGUUCUUCAUGGCCUCUUGGGUUCUGGCAGAAAUUGGAGAUCUUUCUCUCGAAACCUCGCUUCCACCCUCUCCAAUUCCUCUCCUUCCUCUGAAUGGAGGAUGGUGCUUGUGGAUUUGAGGAACCAUGGAAGAUCAACUGAAAUAGAAGGCCUAGAACCACCUCAUGACAUGGUCAACGCGGCCAAUGAUUUGGCUCAUUUAGUGAAGGCUCAAGGUUGGGCUUGGCCUGAUGUUGUUAUAGGCCACUCCAUGGGUGGUAAGGUUGCGCUUCAGUUUGCGAAGAGCUGUGCUCGUGGCGACUAUGGUGAAUUUGUUUCAUUGCCCAAACAGCUGUGGGUACUGGACUCCGUCCCUGGAGAGGUGAACCCUGAAAGCAGUGAUGGAGAAGUUGAGAAGGUGUUGCAGACCUUACAGAGCUUACCUUCAUCAGUCCCAUCACGAAAGUGGCUUGUGAGUCAUAUGAUUGAACUUGGGUUCUCAAAGUCAUUGUCGGAAUGGAUAGGCAGCAACCUCAAGAAAUCAGGAGAGCAUGAGACAUGGGCAUUUAAUCUUGAAGGUGCUGUGCAAAUGUUCAAUUCAUACAGGGAGAAGUCUUAUUGGUCUCUUUUGGAGCAUCCACCAAAAGGUAUGGAUAUAGCAAUCGUGCGUGCAGAGAACAGUGACAGGUGGGACUCAGAUGUGAUCCAGCGGCUGGAAAGCCUUGCCAAUCGGGGAGGAGAUGGAGAUGGGUCUGAGGGAAAGUUUUCUAUUCACGUGCUUCCCAAUUCAGGCCACUGGGUUCACGCGGACAAUCCAAAGGGGCUUUUAGAGAUAAUUGCUCCAAAGCUUGCAUCUCUUAGACCUAAUAGUAGUUGAUUUCUUGGAUAUCAAGUAUCAACAAUAGACAAAAUUUAUAUGCUGAAAUUUGAUUGGUUAUUCAGUGAUGACACACUUUAAAAUAAUUUUUGAUACUGGGAUGAGGCAGUGAUAUAAUGAUUCAGAUGAUGACUUUGGUAGAACCUCGAAACUUGAGAAAUGCAGAAUUCUUGAUCAAGACUCGAUCCAUUUGAAAGUA